ACGCCUCAACAAGUUGCGGACUAAGUUCACAGCCGAUUCGAAGCAUCCCGUUCUGAACCGGCCGACGCUCUCUCCUCCAUGGCUUCCUCAGCACCACCCAGCUCAGGUCCAGGCGUCCAAAACCCUAGGCGAUCGAUGGGGCUUUUAGCGAACGCAAUGAAGCGCAAAGACAGCUUUAUACAGUUCUUCGCCAUGACGGGGAUUUUGCUCCUGAGCCUCAGAUCCUUGGGCCAGAAGUACCGCAUCCACGACCUCCAAGAGGACACGUCUGCUCUCAUAGAGGAGCGAGACACCCUCACCGAGCGCAUGAAGAACAUCAAGCGCGACCUCCUACACGAGGCCUCUCUCGAUCCCACCGGUUUCCUCUCCUCUAGGCUUCGGCUUCUAUACGGCGAGGAGGAUUGACCUGGCCGAGGUCACUGUACUGUGAGUUCUUCAUUUUCGCUUCUGUGAGUUCGAUUAGUCCUGAAUCUAUGUUUUUUUGCUCUAGGAGUCCCGUGAAAUGUCUUUCGCAUGACUGUGAUAUGAUCAUUUUGACAACAAAUUGCUCGAAAAGAAACUCGAAAUGGACAGGCUUCAGUGAAUUGCUUUGAUUAUUUGGCUCGCUAUCUUCUGAACUCUUGGAAAUUUACUCAGUAUAGGGUUUUUUUAAAAGC